CGAGGAGAAUGCCCACCGCCCCCGUAACUGUUUCCGGUCAUCGGACGAGCUGGUUGACCACCCCCGUAGCCACCCCCGUGACCACCACCCGAUUGCAUCGUGUUGUACCCGCCACCACCUCCUAAAAUCAGGUUUCAAACACUAUGGUCACCUGUACACACGCAAUUCACCUGAGGACUCUUUUGCGUGUCACCAGAGUAGGCGGCGAUGAGGCGCGACAGAGGCUGCGGAGAGACCUUGAGUACACCCAGCCCAAACUGGCACAUCCUAUAUACUGUGCGGAGAAAGGUGAUUUAUACGUUUUACGAGUAACAACACGCAACUCUGUUAAUUCUUUCUCUCUGAGUUAUCUUUUUCUAAACAGGCGAUUGCACCUGGUGCCAGAGGGAGUGCUCAGCAGUCUGCCAAUAAAUCAGUAUUUUCUGAUUGAAAAAGAAACUAAGCGGAACCCAUUCCGAUUUCCAAUAACCACCGGAAUGAUUGAACUGUCACCGAAAAAGUGGAAUAAGACUGAUGGAUUGAAAUGUGUCAAAUCUCCAAUACCACAAGGAAUAAUUAUAUAGAGCGAAACUGUUUUGACGUCCAGCCAAGUGGAAUCAAAAUCCAACCGCCUCCGUAUGUCGCCAUCCGUUUGCAUCCAUCCAAGGCUGCAGUGUAAACAGAUCGGAACUUGAGUUGCACAGUGUUUCUUUGAGCAAGUUAACUCGAGGACGUCACGGAUCCCAUCUUUUGACUAUACAACAAUGCCCUACAAGACGUUGAAAAGUCACGAGAGGGCCCCCAGAAUGCAAACAAGCUCACCAUCACGCCGAAGGCACUUGCGGGAUUUCUGAUCGUUGCCCUGUACAGCCGAAAUCGACGUCAUGUGAGAUCACGAAAUUGUUCCAUUUCACAAUGAUUACGCUGCUAAACGACAGCUCAGGUCAUGAAAAACAUCUGCUACAAGAGAGGACUACUACGUAUACAGGAGAUGUAACAUCUUAUACGCAUCAUGAUGAACUGCACUAUGCAAAUUAAAGGAAUCCAUCAACCUUGUACGCGGAUCACAUUUAAAAUGACCGUAACCCCAUUACUUUGGCUAUGAAUAGUUGAAAAACUCGUCGGCUAGUGCAUUGUGGUACUUACAGAGGUAACUAGGUAGAAUACUAAGCAGGCUACGUGUGCAGCCAACUUUACAGGACAGCAAGAAGCAUAUAAGUCAUCAUAAAUUCGAGACGUGGAAACCGCCAUCAAUGCGUAUAACCGUGACCUCAUAGAAACCCAAAAUAGACGCCUGUAGGUGUCACCGAUUAGGCCUAACAGUAAACCCGCGUACACUUUCACCUUUCAGCACUCCCACGUUUUGUACUGUAAGUAAUUCUUCAUCUUUUAUGCUGGGACGAUGGCGUCCUUGAUGUUUCCGUGCCAUUUUUUCUUGAUGACAUAGUUUUAAACAUGGUUGUAGAUAUAAUGGUUCCCACUGUCUGUGUUAUAAGGUCCCAUAAGAAAAAAAUUGAAAGUUCUCCGUCAAUGAUCUUUCCUCAGGGCAUGGUUGCUACGAAAGUGCUGCCAUCUGCCCACACAAUCUCUAACUGAAUGGCUUACUGCAGAAACGAAGAAUUCACGUUUUAAUGGCGGAAAUGCAGAUUAAUGUAAAAUGUCACGCAAACCAUGUUUCGUUUUUAAUUGUAAAUCUUCUUAUAACAAAGAAAAUGAAAGUCUUGCGUUUUUCCAUCCACCGAAGUUGUGUCUAAAUUCCUGGCAGGAAAUUAUUAAAAAGCCAGGACUCACUUGCCAGUCCAGAAUUUGCAGUAUUCAUUUUGAAGAGAACGACAUACUCAAAGGGAGAGAAAUUCAAGGCGUGUUUUACAGUUAUCCGAAAUGGAAAUUAAAAUCAGGUGCUCGGCCCAGUAAAUUGCUAGGAAAUGAUGUCAGCGUACUCGAAAGACCUGCUGCAAAGAAGUAUGUUCACAGUGAUAGGUUUAAGUCACCAUAUCGAAAUAUAACAGCAAAGUCUAAAGCUGCUAAUCCUAAGCUGCAGUUGGACAAUCAAUCGUUUUUGUCGAAUAACAACACCAAUGUAUUGAUCCCAUCACAUGCAAAGAAGUCAACGUCAAAUAGCAUAGCUAUACACCAACUUGACGCUGAAAAAGGAAAAGUAAAUGAUAUGGAAGCAGCUGAACCUGUGGCAUUACCAUGUGUAACAACAGAAGACAUGUUCCAGGAACCUACUACUGAAACACUCCUACACAUUCCACCAAUAUCUUGCCAAGAGUGUAAAGAAACAGUUGUUUGUGAGGAGGCUGAUUUGCCAGACGAUUUCACUGCAAAGCAGUACACAGCUUUUCGCAAUAGAGGAGGACUAAUUUUUGUUACAAUCCCAGUCUUUCAAUCAAUACGGGAAGUGGAAAAGAUUAUUUCGUCUCAAUUUGAAGAUGACGGUCAUUAUUUAGUGAGAGAUAGUUACGAAAUUUGUAUGUCAAAAAUCAAAGUACUCAAUCUUUGUCCUUUUUUUUGUGACACACACCGUGCUGACUCGUAUCCUUAUUUAAUAAUGGAAUUCGUACAAGUUAGAUAUCAUUUUGAAUCAAAGCGUUUUCAAGAACGUAAUUUGGCAGAAGUUGAUAGUAACGUGCGACAAAAUUUCAAGAUGGCAAAACUUGCUUAAUUUUUUUUUUCUAAAUGUAAAUUGUAUGUAUGUUAAUACACAUUACAAGUUAUAAAUUGAA